AGACUUUGCUGCAGUGAAUCCAACAGGUGGUGGAGACACAGCGCUGCUUAACAGGGUCAGAAACACCCUAACAGCACAGGAGCGACGCUCAGGUGAUCAUUUGUGACCUGAAUGCGCCGCUGCACGUGGAGACAGCGCGCAGCUUUGUGAAGCAGACUUGGUCGCGAGCUCGUGCGUCGCUCCAGAAACACAGGAAGAAGUGUGAAGACGGAUGUAUGACAAUGAGGCACGCUGAGAACCGGAGCAGGCAGCCCGGGUUUGUGUCACUGACUCCGCGUCUUUAACUUGAAAUCUGUAGAAACACAUGAGACGCACGAGCCGCGGGUCUGUGUGGAUUACCGAAGUCUGAAUUAAUCGGCACCAAGUGGAUUUAAGCGUUUAAGGGGACGACAUGGGGACCCAGGGGACAGGACGGAAAAGGUCCACUAAAAAGGACAAAACGACGGCAGAGGACGAUGCCCUGAAUCUCAUAGCCAGAGAGGCCGAGGCCAGGCUGGCAGCAAAGAGGGCAGCCAGGGCAGAGGCCAGAGAGAUCCGUAUGAAGGAGCUGGAGCGACAACAGAAAGAGAUCUUUCAGGUGCAGAAGAAAUACUAUGGCUUGAACACCAAAUUAGAUGACCGCGUGGACAACAAAUGGGGAGAUAUUGAACAAUGGAUGGUAGAGUUAGUGUGCUGUGAUAACAACACUAACAGAUCUGCAUGUAGUUUGACUUUUCCAUGUGCCCAGUCUGUGUUUGAAUUCUCAGUCAUUCCUUCGGAUCUUGAUGCAGUUGGAGCUUAUGGUGGAGGGGGCUCCUCCUCACAUAAGAAGUCAAAGAAAAAGAAGAAACAUAAGCACAAAGACAGAGAUAGAAACGGCUGUGAUGACGAAUACAGCGUCAUAUCUGACAGGAGCUCAAGACUCAGUGAUGAAAGCAGAGUGUCUCGCUCCAGGCUAGACCUCACGAGCUCCAGACUGAGCGAUGACAGCCGGCUGUCUCGUGUCUCCCGAUCAGACCUGCAGCUGAAACGUGACGACGUUUUCUCUCUGCAGCCUGUAGAGUACACUAGUUAUCGCAGCUCCGGCUCCAGAACCUCCAGCAGGGCCGGGUCAGCCCGUACCAGCCCAGUGGUGGAGGACAGAGAUUAUCUUGAGAAGGGAUCUCGAGCAGCUUCAGCCUUAACAGCAGCCACGCUCACCUCAUUAGGAGGGUCGUCUUCCCGGAGAGGAAGCGGAGAGACGGCUUUAACUGUAGACGCCGAGAGCUCCAUACGAGAAAUCAAGGAGAUUCACGAACUGAAGGAUCAGAUUCAGGAAGUGGAAGCCAAGUACACUCAGAACCUAAAAGAAGUCAAGGAUGCGCUAGCAGAAGUGGAGGAGAAGUAUCGUAAGGCCAUGGUGUCGAACGCUCAGCUGGACAAUGAGAAAAACAACCUGAUGUACCAGGUGGACACGCUCAAAGACUCACUCAUGGAGCUGGAGGAGCUGCUAACUGAGUCACGCCGAGAGCACGAGGAGAAAGUCAAGGAAUACGAGCGAGAGAAGUAUGCCCACAGCGUGCUUCAGUUCCAGUUCAAUGAAAUGAAAGAGACGCUAAAGCAAAGUGAAGAGCUCCUAAACGAGAUCCGUCAGCUGCGUUUGAAACAGGAGGGUUUUGUUAGAGAAAUAACUGAUCUGCAGGAGACGGUGGAGUGGAAGGAUAAAAAAAUUGGGGCCUUAGAGCGACAGAAAGAAUAUACAGAUGCAAUCCGAAUUGAGCGCGAUGAGCUCAGAGAAGAAGCCGUGAAGCUGAAAGAUAUUCUGAAGAAACAUGGAAUAGUGUUGGGACCUGAUCUGAGCAUCAAUGGGGAUGUUGACGUGGCAGAAGCUGAUGAGUCCUCCAGUGUAAACCCUGCUUCCCAACCAGCUCAGGAGUCACAGACGACCCCCGCAGAGGGGAACAGCAUGCUCGGCAACACAGAGGAGACUGAGUUGAGAAGUAGCAGAGAAGAGGAAGAAGUGGGUCCAGAGCAGCAACAAGAAAUGCACGAGAAAGCCAAAGAGAAUCAUAUGAGCUCUGAUCUUCUCUGUAAUGAUGCUGAUGUUUCCACACUGAAAACAUCCAGUGAAGAACAGCCUCAAGAAGAACAAGAGACAUGCUUACCUGCAGAGAAAAACAACACUGGAGAAAAUGGUCUCAGUGAGGACUUAAAUGCAGAAAUCAGCGACUCUCCUGGUACAGAACCCAGUAGCUUUGAGCUGAAAGAGAUUGUAACAAGUCCUGAUGUUCCAGAAACAGAAAUGUCUGAGGAGGCUAAUUUAAAAGAGACGAGUAGUCUAAAUGUAGUCGAGACAGAUGCCAAAAGUGUUAGUGUUGACACCAGUGAGGUGCAAGACAGCAAACAGGAAGCUGUUGAGAAAAGUAGUUUGACAAGUACUGAAUUAUGUCCCCAACAAAAAGUUGCAGAUGUUGCUCCAAAAGAAAAUUUAACCGAUGAAUCCAUUCCAACUGCUUCCAACAUUGAAGUUCAACCUGAGCCUGAAAAUGCAGAAGAGGCAGAGAACGAUGAGGCAGAGGAAACGCCCAGUAAAUCUCAGCCUCAGGGUACUCCUGCUUCAGGGAAAAAGAAGAAAAAGAAGAAGAGAGGCAAAAAGAAAGGAGGGGCUCAAGACGACAAGACCAAACAGAAAAAUGAAACAGCGAAUGAAAAGAAAAAAGACAAAGAACCAGCGGGAAGUAAUGGUGGAUCUGCUGCAGAACUUACUGUCGAUGGCUCUGUCAAGAUGGAUCGAGUCAAGGAAGAGCAGGACAAGCAAGAAACUGAGGAAGUCAAUGCAGUGGAGCCGAUCGAAUCCAGUAAAUGUAAAGAACAAACUGUUUCAAAUGAGUGCCAUGAAGAAGAAACUUUGGAAACCAACACAGUAGAAGAAGCAGAAAUGGUAGUAACUACUCAGGCCAUUUGUGAAGCCCAAAAAGAAGUAACAGUGGAUCAUGUUAAGGAUGAACCGAACCAGGAACAAACUUUAGAAACAAAGGCCACAGAUACAGUAGAGGCAGAGGAACCUACUCAAAGUUUGUCUCAUGCAGAAAUUCUCGUGGAAACUGAAACAGACUCCAAAAUUGAUGAUGAAGACACCAAACAAACUUUAGAAACCAACAAGAUAGAAGAAAUGGAAGAAGUAUCACCUGCUGAAAACCCUUGUCAAACAGAAACUCUCAGCAAAGUAAUAGUGGAUGAUGUUACAGAGGAACAGAAUGAGGAACAAACUUUGGAAAUAGAGACUGACAGGACAGUAGAGACGGAAGAACCCACUGAAAGUUCUUCUCAUUUGGAAACCAUCAAGGAAUCAAUAGAAACAGAUUCCAAAGAGGGUGAUCAAGAGGAGAAACCAACUUUGGAAGUAGAGACAUUAGAAGAAGUGGAAUCUGUGACCUGUAUUGAAAACAGUGAAACUCCCAGUGAAACAAUAGCAAAUCACGUUACAGAAGAACAGAAUGAUGAAGAAACUUUGGAAACAGAGACUGUAGAAUCAGUAGAGGCACUGAAAAGGGUUGAAACUCUUGAAGAAUCCAGAACAGAUUCUGAAAAAGAUGAACGAGACCACAAGCAAACCUUUGAAACAGAGAAAGUACCAGAAAUGGAAACGGCAGCAAAUCCUGACGCAGAGGCCAACAUCUGUACAGCCGAACUCAACUCCAACUCCAACAGUGCAGAAGGGACUGAUGGCCUUGACAAAGAGUGUACGUCCAGUGUAGAUGAUCCUGAAAGGGUCGGUAUCUCAACUGAUGGUGAUGUCAUCCAUACUGAUCAAACAGAAGAGAAAGUAGAGUCUGCUGAUGACAGGAAAUCUGACAGCACAUCUAACAACACUGAAAACAGCCAUGAAACGAGCAGCAACACUGAAGGAGAAUCACACGUUGCAACCAAUGGUGACAUUGCUGCCAAUGAAUCCGAGUCUACUUCUGAGAGUAAAGACGACACCUUCAUCCUGCCACCGUCUGCUGAUGACUCCCCUAUUGGUGUCAAAGGUUCAUCUGACAUGGAGCCAUCCGAAGUUAUAAACUCGGGUACAGAUGACCCUCCCACCGACGUUACCAGCGAGGUUCCCGAGGAGUCCGCUGAUGGGGAGUCAAGAGCAGAGACUGAACAAGAAUGUCCUCCUGCCAUUGUCACAUCUCCACAUCAGGAUGGUGAUAAUUCAGAAAACAAAAAUCUGGAAGAACCCAAAGAUUUAGUUAAUCCAGAUGAAAAAAGCAACAGUUGUGAUGGUGCAUCAUCAACAGAAAGCCCUGAAGCCUUAAGCACUGAGACUGUAGUGCAGGACGAAGAACUAAAGGUCAGUGCUGCUGUCGUGUUAGAUACACCACAGGCUCCAAAAGAAGCUACUGAAACUGGUUCUUCAGCUGAUCUGGAAUCGGCUGUCGUGGAAGAUCCGCAACAUAAAAACGAUCAACAUGAGGAAGCGUCAUCCUUGUCAACUGAGCAACCGCAUGCAUCCAACAAAGACCAAUCUGAAAAUAAUAAUCAGUUGGAGAGUGAAGGGGAAGAGGAUGAGGAAGAUGAAGGGCAGUCUUUUGAUUUUGAUGACAUGGAUAUCGAAGCAGCUGAAGAAUCCACCAGUUCCCAAAAUCCAGAGCAGGAAGAAGUUGAUGAGGGAGUUGAAUUAACAGCAGAUGAAACCAACGAUGAGCUGUGCCAAAGUAAUGCCGAGUCAAAUGAAAACAAGCCAGCUGAAGGCAAUGAUGGAGGCAACCAGGCAGAUAAAGACCCAGAUAUGGUGCCUCAAGAAGACCAGAACUCUGUGGCUCAUGAGGAACCUACCUCAGAAAAGGUGGAAAAUGUGUGUGAAGAAGGGAAAAACACACAUAAAGAAGAAGCUGGUGAAGAAGACCAGCCAGGCAAAGCUUCAGAGGAAGUCUCGAGCACUGGAGCGCUGGGAGCUGUUGCAGAGAACAUUAACCAGACCGUGUCUUCAUCAGUAGAGGCAGGGAUAGACGUGGUCAAGAAUGCAUUGCAGGGUGAAGAUGCGGAUUUACCAAAUAGUGCAGACGAAGCGGGCAGCAAUAAAGGGGCAGCACAGUCAGGGAAGGAGUCAAAGAAGAGUGGAAAGAAAGGCAAAGGAAAGGGCAAAGAGGAAUAUGAAAUUCUAAACUGUAAGUCCAGGAAGCUGUGUGCUCUUGCACUGACCCCUCCUCUCCACAGUUUGUGCAUGCUAACAUCCCCCCUCCCAUCCCUCACACACCGCUCCAUCACGCCCUCAUUGGAUGCCUGCUCUGUUGCAUGCAUCAACCCCAGCCCCCUCCCUAUCAUCUCUCCGGGUCCUCCCACCCCUGAGAUUCGCCUGAGGAAACUGGUGGAUGAGCGUGAGAAAAUGAUAGAGCAGGUAAAGAAACUAAAAGCCCAGCUGGAACAGAAAACGCAGAAGAACGGCACAGACAGCAGCCCAGACGCUGAAAUUAUUGAAAAUGGAAACGAUCCAAACAUAAUGGAAUUACAGAGAGACUCCAACAGGCAGAUGAGCGAGUUGAAGUUCAAACUCGUGAAGGCAGAGCAGGAAGCGACGGCGUUAGAACAAAAUGUGACCAGACUCGAGGGUCAGGUGACGCGCUACAAGUCUGCUGCCGAGAACGCUGAAAAAAUUGAGGACGACCUGAAGGCCGAGAAACGGAAACUCCAGAGAGAGCUGCGAUCGGCACUGGACAAGAUCGAGGAGCUCGAGUCCAACAACAGCCACCUUUCUAAAAGACUGGAGAAGAUGAAGUCCAGCCGCGGCAUGGCGCAGACUCCAUAGCACCAACUGCACGCAGCAGCUUCAUCGUGAUUUUAACCAAAAACUGGCUUAAAAAGGGAAUCAUCCUUUCAGCUGCCUAAUAGCAACUUUAAUAAAACACAAAAAAAUCACACAGUUAUCCACAGAGUAGAGAACACCAACAAGCCAUGUGCCAUUUCUUUGUUUUCUUUCCGAUGAGUGUUUUUCGUAGCAUCGUGCUCACACCCAGAAAGUACCUGAAGGAACUGAGGGGUGCGCCCGUUCGUGUACUUUCAUUGUGACUGUGGCUGAACCAGAACCGGGCCCACAAAAUGUUGCGCUUCCUCCCCCAACUCUCUGCUGCUCUUCACCGAGACGUUUCUUCUCCUAACUCAAACGGAGGGAAGAGACAUUCAGGACGGUGCACGGCGCCGUUAGCCACGGCUCAGACUGUUACCUUCAGCUUCCUGUUGUUUUCUUUUCUUUUUGCAUCCAAAGCCAAACUAGUUUUAAAUGAGGUUAAAGUCUGGGUGUUUGUCAACUAUGCAAGAUGGUUUUUGGAGCACCUCAAACAUGAUCUGAUCAGUCAGAACAUUUUUGGAGUUUUCACAUAGCCAGCCGUUUACUGAAAGUUUUUGCCCACAGCGUGUAUCCGUCUCCUGGGAAAUCUCGGAGCUUUUUCCUGCUUCACGUAGUCGGUCACUGGUUGGCUCUUGUGCACUCACGUAAACGCUGAGACUUACUGACGAAAUGUGACGACAGGGACUCACAAAGCGGUGUUAGCAGGAGAUACAGAGCACACUGGGGAGAUGCUGCUUCACUGUUUACAGAGCUUUAAACUGUUUGUAAGGAAGCAAAGAACUGUAACCUUCGUGCAAUAAAAAUUCAAACUGAA